AUGUCUUCCAUCGUCAACAAGAUCAAGGAGGCAGUCCACUCCGACAGCCAUAGCACCUCCCAGCCAGAGGGCACCCACGGUCCUCACUCUAGCCGCGCGGCAAACGCUGCUGAUCCGCGAGUGGACUCGGACCGAGACCACCGCGCCGCUCCCGGAGGCACGUUUGGCGGACAGACGGGUGGCCACACCACUGGCGCCGGCAACAACUACACACACUCGACGGGCACCACCGGCAUGACGGGCACCCAUGCACACACCGGCGUCGGCACCACCGGCAUGACGGGCACCCACGGCGCUGGCACAACGACUACUGGUUACAACGAUCCCGAGGGUGUCCACGGUCCUCACUCCAGCCGCAUGGCAAACGCUGCUGAUCCGCGAGUGGACUCGGAUCGUGACCACCGCGCUGCUCCCGGCGGCACUUUUGGUGGACAGACGGGUGGCUACACCACUGGUGGCAACACACACUCGAUGGGCACCACCGCCCCGCACGCACACACCGGCGUCGGCACCACCGGCAUGACGGGCACCCACGGCGCUGGCACAACGACUACUGGCUACAACGAUCCCGAGGGUGUCCACGGUCCUCACUCUAGCCGCAUGGCAAAUGCUGCUGAUCCGCGAGUGGACUCGGAUCGUGACCACCGCGCUGCUCCUGGAAGCACUGUUGGCGGCCAGACGGGUGCCUAUACCACAGGCGGCAACACACACUCGACGGGCACCACCGGCAUGACGGGCACCCAUGCACACACCGGCGCUGGCACCACCGGCAUGACGGGUGGCGCCUACUCCACAGGCCCGGGCCCUGCUCCCAACACUGCGGGCCCCCAUAAGUCGGAUAUGCUCAACAAGAUGGAUCCUCGCGUGGACUCGAAUCUCGAUGGCAGCAAGACAAUGGGCGGUAACAAGACCUACCAGUCUGGCUCCACGCUGCACAAGGACCCCACCGAUGCCUCCCAGGUCCCUCCCUCGGUGAUGCAGAAGCACGUCGGCGGCCCGACCAUCGAGCAUGAGGAUCACUCUCACGACCGCGCGCGCCGCAACUCGCAGGCCACGCACCAGGAGAACUUUAGCGGUAUCUAA